CUCGGCUCAGUUGGAACAGGUGUGGCAGAACUGGAUUCACUUGAACUCGGCUCAGUUGGAACAGGUGUGGCAGAACUGGAUUCACUUGAACUCGGCUCAGUCGGAGCAGGUGUGGCAGAACUGGAUUCACUUGAACUCGGCUCAGUUGGAGCAGGUGUGGCAGAACUGGAUUCACUUGAACUCGGCUCAGUUGGAGCAGGUGUGGCAGAACUGGAUUCACUUGAACUCGGCUCAGUUGGAGCAGGUGUGGCAGAACUGGAUUCACUUGAACUCGGCUCAGUUGGAACAGGUGUGGCAGAACUGGAUUCACUUGAACUCGGCUCAGUUGGAACAGGUGUGGCAGAACUGGAUUCACUUGAACUCGGCUCAGUUGGAACAGGUGCGGCAGAACUGGAUUCACUUGAACUCGGCUCAGUCGGAGCAGGUGUGAUAGAACUGGAUUCACUUGAACUCGAUUCAGUCGGUGCAGAUGUGGUAGAAUUGGGUGUAUCUUGUUUCAGUUGA